UGUCAUUCCGUCAAAAUAAUUAAUUUGUUGUGAUUGUGAUUUGUGUUUGCGAAUAUAUAUUAUUGUGAAAUGAAAGAAUGUAAACAGCAAAUAAUUUCUAAAAUAUAAAAAAUAUCUAUAUCAAGUAAUUAAGCUAACGUUAGAGAGUGCAUUAUACCUGAAGUUGUAUUAAAAUAUUAAUGUUUAUAAAGAUACUUAGAAAAGCAGCGUGUGUGAAUCAUCAGGCGUAGCUAAACUGCAAAAAAAUCCUUGAUUGUUUUUAGCAUAAAUUCUCAGAAAUAAUAUAAUAUACAGAGCAACCACAAUGGAGUGGCUAUUUGGUCACCGGAUGACGCCAGACGAGAUGCUGCGCAAGAACCAGCGCGCGCUGAACAAGGCCAUGCGCGACCUGGACCGCGAGCGCAUGAAAAUGGAGCAGCAGGAGAAGAAAGUCAUCGCAGAUAUCAAGAAACUCGCCAAGGAAGGCCAGAUGGAUGCAGUGAAAAUAAUGGCAAAGGACCUGGUGCGCACGCGGCGGUACGUGCGCAAGUUCAUGUUGAUGAAGGCCAACAUCCAGGCCGUCUCCCUGAAGAUACAGACGCUUAAGUCACAAAGCACCAUGGCACAGGCCAUGCGAGGAGUCACCAGGGCCAUGGCCACCAUGAACCGGCAGCUCAACAUGCCGCAGAUACAGAAGAUCUUGCAGGAGUUUGAGAAACAAUCCGAGAUCAUGGACAUGAAGGAGGAGAUGAUGAACGACUCCAUCGACGAGGCAAUGGAGGGCGACGCCGAUGAGGAGGAGAGCGACGCGGUGGUAUCCCAGAUCCUGGACGAGCUGGGCCUGCAGCUCAACGACCAGCUGUCCGGCCUGCCGCAGGCUACGGGCUCGCUGUCCAUCUCCACGAAGGCCGGGCCGGCGGGCGUGCCGGUGGCGGGCGCGUCGGGCGCGGGGCUCAGCGACGCCGACGCCGAGCUGCAGUCGCGCCUCGACAACCUGCGCAGGGAGUAGGCGGCCGCUGCUGUGACAUUGUUACGUGGAAACUGCUCUUAUGUUUUUGUCGAUAUGGAUUAUUUUCUAAAGUUAACCUUUAUAAUGAACAUUUCGAACACGAGGAAAAAGCCAUCAUCAUGUUAAUCCAUUUAGUAGAUGCUGGCUGACGAAUUAAAUCACCCCAAACUGCUGGGUCUAGAGAUUUUAAUUCUUUAUGAGGUCUAGGGGUGAUUAAGAAAGGAUUUCUCAGAAUUCUCGUGGAAAAGAAAAUAAACCACAAGCGGAGCCUCAGGCAUACUCUAUUUUUAAUAUAAUUGCGACAUAUAUGUGGUAAACACUGUGUCUACUAUGCGACACAUGUGUGACAAUAAUAUUAAAAAAAUGUUUGAAAAGUUACCGUGUUUCAGUAUUUAAAAUUUCAAAAGGUUUAUUGAAUUUUCAUAGCAAGACUAAAUGAAAUUAAACCCCACAAUGGCGCUGCAAAACGUAAGACAAUAACAAACACUGAAAAUGUCACAGUAAAGGGAAAUGUGAAUAUGAUCUAUAGACCUUACAAGAGCUACUAUUAACGAAAUUGUAUAAGUUUGCUAAAUUUUAUUACUAUUGUCCAAAAUAUUUUCACCAAAUAUUUAUAAUUUUAUAAAAUACAAUGUGUUUUGUGAUAAAAACAUACCUAUUGCCUGCAAUAUGUGCACAUUUUAGCGAUUCUAAUAUGAUUUGAACAAUCUCUAAAUAAGAAAUUCAUUGGUUUACUGCAUGUCACCGAGAUCUGAAGAUAACAGAGGAAUGCAAAUCUAUAAAAAAGAAACUUAUUGUAAUUUGCUUCGAUUACAAUGUUUGUUGAGAGUUUUCGGCGAUGUAAAAAGUUGCUGUAUUUGUACAUAACAUGUAUGUAUUUAUAUAGGGUUGCCUUAGACCGGCGGGGCGGGACCAGUACUCAUUACUUUUUCUCAUAAGAGAAUAGCUUUUCAUGUAUGUGGUAAAAUAGUAAAAUUCAGUUAACUGAUUAAUGACUGAUUCAAUAGCUCAAUAACACGGCGUUAUCGCCGCCCUAUUGUCCGGAAGCCCCGAAUUGUUAAUUAUAAUUAAGUUUAUCUAAGAAUAUUUUAAUAAAUAUUUUUUUUAUA